CGGAGGUGACGCAGGCGGCGGGCGCCAUGGCCGAGGUGGCGGGAGGCGCGCGGCCGGAGGACUGUCCCGGGACCAGCAGCGCCCAGGCGGGCAGGGCCGCCGCCUGCCACGGAUGCCCCAACCAGAGGCUCUGCGCGGCCGGCGCCGCCGCUGCCCCGGACCCGGCGGAGGCGGCGGAGCUGCGGGAGCGGCUGCGCGCCGUGAAGCACACCAUCCUGGUGCUGUCCGGGAAGGGCGGCGUGGGCAAGAGCACCUUCAGCGCCCUCCUGGCACACGGGCUGGCCGCGGACGAGGCCAAGCAGGUUGCUCUGCUGGACAUAGAUAUUUGUGGGCCGUCGAUCCCUAAAAUGAUGGGUCUGGAAGGAGAACAGGUUCAUCAGAGUGGUUCUGGAUGGUCUCCAGUGUAUGUUGAAGAAAACUUGGGUGUUAUGUCAGUGGGGUUCCUGCUCAGUAGUCCUGAUGAUGCUGUCAUCUGGAGAGGACCAAAAAAAAAUGGAUUGAUCAAGCAAUUUCUUCGUGAUGUGGACUGGGGUGAAAUCGACUAUCUUAUUAUAGAUACACCUCCGGGUACAUCAGAUGAACAUUUAUCGAUUGUGCAGUAUCUCAGUGCAGCACACAUAGACGGUGCUGUUAUAAUCACCACCCCUCAGGAAGUAUCACUUCAGGAUGUUCGGAAGGAGAUCAACUUCUGUCAUAAAGUGAAACUGCCUAUCAUAGGCGUUGUUGAAAAUAUGAGUGGCUUUAUAUGUCCAAAGUGUAAGAAUGAAUCUCAGAUCUUUCCCCCAACUACUGGAGGUGCAGAGAAGAUGUGCCAGAACUUAAGUAUUUCCCUCCUGGGUAAAGUGCCUUUAGAUCCUCAAAUAGGUUUUUCUUUGUCCUUCAAGGAAAAAGCUGUGAUAAAGGCCAGUCUUUCUUGUCGGAAGUACCUGAGUCUCCAGCUACAUCAUCUUACAAAAGUAUCAUUCAAAGGAUUCAGGAAUACUGUGAUCUGCAGCAUAUUCAAGAAGAAAAGAUUAUCUAAUCAAUGAACGGAAUAAAAAUGUAGUUCACAUUAAUUAUAGAAAUGUAAACUUAUGUUUUGAACUAAUAGAAAGAAAGUAUCAUUUUGUAUAUUGCAAAUAAAUUUGUAAUAUUAA